AUGUAUACGCAUAAUAUGUUACUUGCUUUGGUCUUUCUUACGAGUAUUAUCUGUUGUUGGGCAACUACAACCGUUGUUGAAAUAUCAAAUGACAACAAAAGAAAUGAUUCAAUAACGACAAAUUAUAUGGCAAACUAUAAACUUUCAGAUAAAAGUGAAAGAAAGUACUUGAAUUAUGUUCGUCUCUUAGAUGGUCAAUGUCACAAUUGUUCAACAUAUAAAUGUACUGACAAUAAAUCGAAUAUGGGUGGUUCCGAAUGGUGUAUUAUGUUAUUUCCUGAUGCUCUUGCUCAUUGUGAUUCUGAUCCAAAUUGUGGUGGAUAUACAAUGACAACAGCUGGUUGGUUUCAUAAACAAUAUGAUAAAAAUGGUCAAGUAGCUGUUCAUUUAACUAAAGUUGGAGAAAAACCUUUCAAUUGUUCAUUCUCAGAAUGGAGUAGUUAUGAAAAACAAAAUAUUGCUCGUGAUAGUCCUGUUAUUUAUGGACGAACAACAUGUCCAAAUAGUGAUCAUACUGACAAAUUAAAUAAUUUUAAUUAUAUAUUUGAAAGCAAUUCAAAUGUAGUCAAUGAAGAUGAACAAUAUUUAUGUAAGAGUCAUGCUCAAAAUCUUGAUACUAAAGAUUCAAAUUGCAUUUUAUUAAUUGCUGAUGCUGUAACACAUUGUAAUUCGGAUGAACAAUGUCUUGGAUUUUCAAUUAAUACAGAUGAAGAUUGGCAAACAACUUAUUCAAAGAAUGGAAUGCAAGCGGUGCAAUUGUUCGGAAAAGGUGGAACAUAUAAACCAAAUCAAAUGUGGCGUAGUUUUAAAAAACAAUCUUAA